CGCAGGUCCCUUCAUCUGGGUCGCCUUCCCGAGGACUGCAUGACGGAAAACCUGCCGAAGCUAUAGGAUGGUGAGCCAAUGGAGCCUGCAGCCGCGGCCGUGGGCCGCCACGCCCCCUCACACAGCCACCCUCCGCCACACACAGCCGCCCCCGCACGCCCCAGACGCCUCUCCGCUGCCUGCCGACCCUCGGAGCUGGUCGCGGGAGCACGUGUCGCUGUGGCUGCAGCAGAUGCAGGCGCAGCACGGCCUCCCGCACGUGGCUGCCGACCGCUUCCUGAUGAACGGCAAGGCGCUCUGCCUCAUGACCGUCGACAUGUUCCUCGGCCGCGUGCCGCUGGGCGGCAAGCUGCUCUACAAGGAUUUCCAGCUGCGCCUCGGCCGCGCCAUGCACUCCUGCAGCUGA